AUGCGGCAACCACCACUGCAACCGUGGCGCACAGCUGUAGGAAGCGUUCGGGUGCAGAUCGUUGUACUGCUGGCGCUAAUCUUGAUAGUGGCACGCAACCACCCCGUCCGCUGUCUGCAUUUGCAGGUGGAAAAAGUGAACCACUUACUGUUGGAUAAUGCAAAGAUCGAUGAAAGGAAUUUGCAUAAUUUUCUCGAGGAACAUGAGCAACUGCUGCUGUUUGGUGAUCGCAGAACUGAUGAUUUCAAGAUUGUUAAUGUGCGGCAAAGAAAACGUGAAAGCAGGUCAUCGCCGGGCAGUGGGUUCCUGCAGUUCAACAUCAGCAACGGUCCCGGGGACAACUUUUCACUGCGCUUGCAAAAGUCUGAUAUACUAAUAGACGAUUCGUUUGCUUUUAUCGAAAGCUACGAUAAUGCGACCCAGCUGCUGGAUGAUGCUUACGAUCGUGUGCUUAGGUAUCGGGACUGUUUUUACCGCAACGAACGGGCGGCGUUCGAUCUGUGCGAGGGAAGUGUGCGCGGUUUGAUACGCGGCAAUGAGAGUGAUAUCGUUGUACAUCCGCUGCCGGAAAGAUUCGGCACCGGAGCACAUAUAAUUUUAAAUAGGAACCAAACGCACCCCGACGGAGGUAACGCCGAUGGGAACCGUUCCAAUAUUAUGUUCGAACCAGAGAUGACCGAACCAACCCGACGACCGCCGGUAUCUUAUCGGCCGAAUCAACCCCGACCGAAGCGUCACGUCAACUCGAACCACAACGCCAAGGUGCCGGAUGUGCUGCACAUCGAGACGGCGAUCUUCAUCGACAAGGAUCUGUACCGGCAUAUGUCGAAAAACUAUCCCAAAAACACCGAAACCCAUCUGAUACGCUUCGUGCUGGCAAUGAUAAACGGUGUGCAGCUGCUGUACAAUCACCCAUCGUUGGGCCAUCCGAUCAACUUCAUUCUCAAGCGGCUGGAAAUCUUACACAACGACCCGAAGGAUCUACGCCGAUCGAGCGAUAUCGACAUCUAUCUGAACAGCUUCUGCGGCUGGCAGCGAAAGAUGAACCCAAUAUCGGACGCGGACCCGGUGCACUUUGACCACGCGGUCAUACUUACCGGGCUGGAUCUGUUUGUGGUGAGCAAGAAUGGUAAGGUGAGCAACCAGGUGGUCGGUUUGGCACCGGUCGCCGGUAUGUGUACGAUCACGUCAAGCUGCACGAUCAACGAGGGAAAGCACUUCGAGAGUGUGUUCGUGGUGGCGCAUGAAAUUGGACACAACUUGGGAAUGCGCCAUGACACCUCGGAUAACAAUUGCGACCCUAGCCUGUACAUAAUGUCACCGACGUUGGGAAGCGGCAAGAUCACGUGGUCAUCCUGCAGUCGGAACUAUUUGAACACAUUUCUAAAAACUACCCAAGCUACCUGUCUCUUCGACCGUGGACACUACGGAUCAACGCUCGAUCACACUGGCGAGGGUAAACUGCCCGGAGAGCGGUUCGAUGCCGAUCAGCAGUGUCUGUUGAAGUAUGGCAAAGACAGUACCCGCUCGAAAACGCAAGACUUGGCGGACAUCUGCCGAGAUCUGCACUGUCAGCGGGAUCGAUACACCUGGACAUCUCAUCCCGCACUGGAGGGCACGAGCUGCGGAAAGUUAAUGUGGUGCAGAAGCGGAAUUUGUGUAUCGAAAAUUCCCGGCCUAACCAUACACUCCACCGGCAAACAUAUAACCGCGUUCAAGACGAUCGACAAGAAAACAUUCCUCGAGGGAUUGAAAUUUGCCAGCCUGCGGCAGGAUAUAACGCGCACGUUGAACACUAUACCGACCUGGGACUCGUGGAGUGAACCGACCGAAUGUGUCUCGGGUUGCUUGUACGGUGAAUCGGGUCGUCUGAAGGAAGGCAGCACGGGAUUACGGCAGUUUACAAGAAAGUGUCUCGACAAACGUAAAAAUUGUUCCGGAUUCAGUCGUAAAUAUGAGACGUGCAUCGCCAAACAGUGUUACAACAUCGCACGAACAACGAUUCUGGAGUUUUCCAACCAAAUUUGUGAUCGUGCCAAGGAGUUCGAUUCCGACAUUUUUGGGUACGGUUUGCAGAAGGUCGCGGAAGAUCCCGAAGACUCUUGCAAGGUAUACUGCGAAACAAAGACCGGCGUACCGAAGACAAAAAGCUGGAUCUAUCCGGAUGGUACCGCUUGCAAGAUCCAGAACGGAGACUUUGAUGAUGCGUACUACUGUGUUAGUGGUCGGUGUGAAAAGUUUAGCUGUAAUAAUACCUCCAACAACUACUACCGCAUCGAUGGGACGCUUUGCACCGAGGUGCACCAGUACACCGAGCGGAGUGGUAACAGUAUUCACCAGGAGAAUGGUCGAGACUACAAAAGCUUACCGCUGAAUCAUAAUGCUUACACAAUUGACCGAAAAUCGGAGAGUUCUACAACCAGAAUAGCACUGAGCAACUACACUGCACGAAAGCCCCCGGUGGACUCGGAAGGCUACAACAGCAAGGUGGAAAGCACGUACAACCGGUGGCGUGAACGACCGCCCCAACUCAACAGGUUGUCCGAGCUGCAAGGACGCAAGCACAACUGGGAGGUGAAAUCGGGCUGUCAUUUCAGCUGUAUGGAACGCGGCAAGGGUGUGCAAAUCGUGUCCUCCGCAGGUGGAACCAACACCAACAUUCAGCUCUGCACUGCCAACACGAUUGCUUGCGAUAAGGUACUAUCGACGUACGAAUUUGCAACACAGCUGUGCAAACGAUAUCAGCAGAAGGUGUUGGGUUUGUCCGGGAUUGGCAUGCAAAUUGCACCCAGCGUUGAGGAUCCGGAUCGGAGCUGUCGGGUUGCCUGUCAGGACACUUUCAUCAGACAUCGGUUCUACCUCGUUAAUGGAGAGCAAGGCCACUUUCCAUUUGGGACGCGAUGCAACCAUAACGAAUCGAACCGUUAUUGCAUCAAUGGCAAAUGUUUGCAUUUUGGCAAUGACGACACGCCCGUCAACGAGUCGUACAAUGCGCUACCGAACGUUCGCAUUAAACGAUCCAUCAGUAGGACGAAAAGACAUUUUGAGUACUUCACCCCAAUCAACAUUACCGAGCGGAUAAGCCAAGAGUUUUUGGAGCAUUUAAUUGCCAACAUCGACUUUGCUCGGGACGCCAGCGACAACAAUGCCGUUUUGGAAGAACACAUUGACCUAAAAAAUCCAGUCUACGUUGAUCCAUAA